AAGCGUAGGCCCCACUUCCAUUUGUCAUCGUUUCUUCCGGUUUUCCCAAGAUAUUGUGAGCUGAGGCCAUCAAUGUUCUUUGUUUCUUCUCUGUCAGAUCUGAGGAGCAGAAUAUAUACGCAGCAAAAAUUGAAGGUUUUUGGUUUCUCUUCUCUGUAUACAACCAGUAGAAUAAAGAGAGGAGAGAAGAGAGAGAGAGACCCAAUAUACGAAAGAAAGGAAAACAGAAGACCAGAGAGAUGGGGGUGCAGGAAAAUGGGGAUGGAGUUGGGGACAAGAACAAGUACAGAAGGAUGGAUUCUGACGCUGCAGAUGACGGUAUUUUGUUGUCCAGUAAUGCUCAAUGCCAUGAGGCUGUUUUCAAGAGGAAAAAUAAUGUGCAGAAAUUUGUGUUUGCCUGUGCCGUUUUUGCCUCUCUCAAUUCUGUGCUCAUGGGCUAUGAUGUGGGUGUUAUGAGUGGAGCAAUUUUGUUCAUCCAACAAGAUCUCAAGAUAUCAGAGGUACAACAAGAAGUUCUUGUUGGAAUUUUAAGCAUAAUUUCACUUUUUGGUAGCUUAGCUGGAGGAAAAACAUCAGAUGCCAUUGGUCGAAAGUGGACUAUAGCACUAGCAGCUAUUGUUUUCCAGACGGGGGCAGCUAUAAUGACUCUUGCCCCUUCCUUUGCGAUUCUGAUGACAGGCAGGCUCUUGGCUGGAAUAGGGAUAGGCUUUGGGGUCAUGAUAGCGCCAGUGUACAUAGCAGAGAUAUCACCCACUGUAGCCAGAGGAUUCCUUACCUCUUUCCCUGAAAUUUUUAUAAAUCUAGGAAUCCUUCUAGGAUAUGUAUCUAACUAUGCUUUUUCAGGACUUCCAGUACAUAUAAACUGGAGGGUGAUGCUUGGUGUGGGAAUCCUUCCCUCAGUGUUUAUGGGUUUUGCGUUGUUUGUGAUUCCUGAAUCCCCAAGGUGGUUGGUGAUGCAAAAUAAGGUCGAGGAAGCAAGAUUAGUGCUGUCAAAGACAAAUGAAAAUGAAAGUGAAGUGGCCGAAAGAUUGAAAGAGAUACAAAUGGCUGCUGGGCUUGCUAAUGCGGAGAAGUAUGAAGCAAAAGCUGUCUGGCAUGAAAUAUUAUACCCUUCUCCUGCAGUUCGACGGAUGCUGAUCACUGGCUGUGGAAUCCAGUUUUUCCAGCAAGUUACUGGUAUUGAUGCAACAGUGUAUUACAGCCCCACAGUCUUUAAGGAUGCUGGAAUCAAGGGCAACACUCAGCUUCUUGCUGCAACUGUUGCUGUCGGGCUUACCAAAACUUUAUUCGUUUUGGUAGCUAUAUUUCUAAUCGACAGAGUAGGCAGAAGACCUUUGCUUUUUGUAAGCACAAUUGGGAUGACCAUCAGCUUAUUUGUUUUGAGUUUAUCUUUAUUCUUUUUUGGGGAUGGAAAGCUUGGAAUUGGGUUGGCAAUUUUAUCAGUUUGUGGGAAUGUAGCUUUCUUCUCUAUAGGACUUGGCCCUGUUUGUUGGGUCGUGUCAUCUGAAAUCUUCCCUCUAAGGCUUCGAGGACAGGCAUCUGCUCUUGGGGCAGUAGGCAGUAGGGUUAGUAGCGGUGUGGUUACUAUGUCUUUCCUCUCAGUAUCUCGUGCAAUCACAGUAGGAGGAACUUUCUUUGUCUUUUCAGUGAUUUCAGCUCUUGCCGUUCUUUUUGUCCAUCUAUGUAUUCCAGAAACAAAAGGCAAGUCUUUGGAGCAAAUUGAAAUGAUGUUUCAAAAUGAGGGAGAGAGGCAGGGAGGGGAGGUUGAAUUGGGAGAUGUAGAACGACUGGUACGAAGACAAUGAGCCGGUAGUGUGUUUCCAUGGUUCGUAGCUAAUCCAAAAUUUGAGGAUAGGUGCUUGUUAUUGUAAAUCGAUUAAGGUGAUGGGUGAUUUUCACACAUCUUGUGAAUGCUAUACAGUUCAAAAUCAUUAAAGAUUUAAAAAUUCUUUAGGAAAUUGUAUGUGCACCAUGAAUGACAUUUAUACACUGACAGAACAAGAAGCAUUAAAGUUUUCAUCUAAGAGUUACAGUGGUGAUGCCUUUGGCAACAGUGGCUUGAAGUUGCAGCAGCUUAAUGUACAUAUUUGAUCCAUUGUUAUCUGGUUUAUUGAAGGUGUAGUUUGAGCAUGUAUUUAAUUAAUUAAUUCAUUGAAACUUGCAGGGAUAAGUUUACCAAGUCUCUGCUCCUACUCAUGCAAUUAUGCAAAUGUUUAGAAAAGAUGUUGGUAUACCAUCCACCUCAGGAAGACAUUGGAAGAAGAUAACUUUGUACAACCAUGGAAUGUUGAAUUCAACAGCCAUAACUCUGGAAAUAAAGCUAUUUUUUCUGGUA